CAUACACGAACAAACACAUAUGCUGGAGGUAAACCUUAUUAAUAGGAUGUACGAGGUAGAAGAUUUAGUCACAAUUAAUGGCACUCAACAGGGACAAAUAAGAACAGAGGGUUUAGUCACAAUAAAUGGUACUCAACAGGGACAAAUAAGAACAGAGGAUUUAGUCACAAUUAAUGGUACUCAACAGGGACAAAUAAGAACAGAGGAUUUAGUCACAAUUAAUGGUACUCAACAGGGACAAAUAAGAACAGAAGAUUUAGUCACAAUUAAUGGUACUCAACAGGGACAAAUACGAACAGAGGAUUUAGUCACAAUUAAUGAUACUCAGCAGGGACAAAUAGGAACAGAGGAUUUAGUCACAAUUAUUGAUACUCAACAGGGACAAAUAAGAACAGAGGAUUUAGUCACAAUUAAUGGAACUCAACAGGGACAAAUAAGAACACAAGAUUUAGUCACAAUUUAUGGUACUCAACAGGGACAAAUAAGAACAGAGGAUUUAGUCACAAUUAAUUGUACUCAACAGGGACAAAUAAGAACAGAGGAUUUAGUCACAAUUAAUGGUACUCAACAGGAACAAAUAAGAACACAGGAUAGUAAUAAACUACAUAAAUGUGAUGUUUGUGCUAGAGAAUUUAGUCACAGUAGUUCCUUAAAGAGACACACGAAAACACAUACUGGUGAAAAACCUCGCAAAUGGGAUUUUUGUCCUAGAGAAUUUUCUGGAGGUAAUCACCUAAAAAUAAACGAGAGAACACAUACUAGAGAUAAACCUCAUGAUUGUGAUGUGUGUGGUAGAGGUUUCAGUCUGCUUAGUCAUUUACGUAGACACAUGAGAAUACAUACAGGCGAAAAACCUCAUGACUGUGAUGUAUGUGGUAAAGGGUUUAGUCAUCAUGGUAGUUUAAAGAGACACAUGAGAACACAUACAGGUGAUAAACCUUAUGACUGCGAUGUAUGUGGUAAACAGUUUAGUCAGCUUUGUACUUUAAAGAGACAUAUGAGAACACAUACAGGUGACAAACCUUAUGACUGCGAUGUGUGUGGUAAAGGAUUUAGUGAUCAAGGUUAUUUUAAGAAACACAUGAGAAUACAUAAUGGUGAUAUACACGAGAGAACACAUACUAAAGAUAAACCUCAUGAUUGUGAUGUAUGUGGUAAAGGGUUUAGCCGACUCAGUCAUUUACGUAGACACAUGAGAACACAUACAGGCGACAAACCUCAUGACUGUGAUGUAUGUGGUAAAGGAUUUAUUGAGCAAGGUAAUUUAAAGACUCACAUGAGAACACAUAAGGGGGAUAAACUCUAUAAACCUCAUGAUUGUGAUGUAUGUGGUAAAAGGAUUAAUCAUGGUAGUAACGUAAAGAGACACAUGGUAACACACACUGGCGAAAAACGCCAUAAAUGUGAUGUAUGUGAGAAAGGGUUUAAUACGUCUUCUAAUUUACAGCGACACAUGAGAACACAUACAGGUGACAAACAUACAGGUGACAAACCUUAUGGAUGUGAUGUAUGUGGUAAAGAAUUUAGUUCGCAAGUUAAUUUUAAGACUCACAUGAGAAUACAUAAAGGUGAUAAACCUUAUGACUGUGAUGUAUGUGGUAAAAGAUUUAGUGCGGCUGGUGACGUAAAGAGACACAUGAUAACACACACUGGCGAAAAACGUCAUAAAUGUGAUGUAUGUGGUAAAGGGUUUGGUCAACAUUAUACUUUACUGAUACACGCCAGAACCCAUACUGGUGCUUCUCCUCAUUAUUGUGAUAUAUGUGGUAAAGGAUUGAGUAGUCAUUCUCAUUUACAAAGACACAUGAUAAUACAUACAGGCGACAAACCUCAUGAAUGUGAUGUAUGUGGUAAAGGAUUUAGUCAUCAUGGUAGUUUAAAGAGACACAUGAGAACACAUACAGGUGAUAAUCCUUAUGACUGUGAUGUAUGUGGUAAAGUUUUUAGUCAUCAUGGUAGUUUAAAGAGACACAUGAGAACACAUACAGGUGAUAAACCUUAUGACUGCGAUGUAUGUGGUAAACAGUUUAGUCAGCUUUGUACUUUAAAGAGACAUAUGAGAACACAUACAGGUGACAAACCUUAUGACUGCGAUGUGUGUGGUAAAGGAUUUAGUGAUCAAGGUUAUUUUAAGAAACACAUGAGAAUACAUAAUGGUGAUAUACACGAGAGAACACAUACUAAAGAUAAACCUCAUGAUUGUGAUGUAUGUGGUAAAGGGUUUAGCCGACUCAGUCAUUUACGUAGACACAUGAGAACACAUACAGGCGACAAACCUCAUGACUGUGAUGUAUGUGGUAAAGGAUUUAUUGAGCAAGGUAAUUUAAAGACUCACAUGAGAACACAUAAGGGGGAUAAACUCUAUAAACCUCAUGAUUGUGAUGUAUGUGGUAAAAGGAUUAAUCAUGGUAGUAACGUAAAGAGACACAUGGUAACACACACUGGCGAAAAACGCCAUAAAUGUGAUGUAUGUGAGAAAGGGUUUAAUACGUCUUCUAAUUUACAGCGACACAUGAGAACACAUACAGGUGACAAACAUACAGGUGACAAACCUUAUGGAUGUGAUGUAUGUGGUAAAGAAUUUAGUUCGCAAGUUAAUUUUAAGACUCACAUGAGAAUACAUAAAGGUGAUAAACCUUAUGACUGUGAUGUAUGUGGUAAAAGAUUUAGUGCGGCUGGUGACGUAAAGAGACACAUGAUAACACACACUGGCGAAAAACGUCAUAAAUGUGAUGUAUGUGGUAAAGGGUUUGGUCAACAUUAUACUUUACUGAUACACGCCAGAACCCAUACUGGUGCUUCUCCUCAUUAUUGUGAUAUAUGUGGUAAAGGAUUGAGUAGUCAUUCUCAUUUACAAAGACACAUGAUAAUACAUACAGGCGACAAACCUCAUGAAUGUGAUGUAUGUGGUAAAGGGUUUAGUCAUCAUGGUAGUUUAAAGAGACACAUGAGAACACAUACAGGUGAUAAUCCUUAUGACUGUGAUGUAUGUGGUAAAGUUUUUAGUCGGCCUGAUAUUUUACAAGUUCACCUGAGAACACAUACUGACAGUUGAUGAUAAUACUGAUAAACCACGUGACUGGUAUAUAUAAGGUUAACUCUUCGUUAUUUACAGGUUCACCUGAGAACACAUACAUAGCUAAGUUGUUUAAACGAGAUAGCUAAGUUGUAAAAUAUACUUAGAAAAAGGUAGCAUUGAAAACUGUAAAUUUGUACAUAAUAUAUUUUGUCACUAUUUGUGAA